AUGGCUGAUGUUAUCAAAUCUUUGGAGCCAAUCGAGACUCGGCUCUUUAUUAAUGGCGAGUUCCGUGAAUCCUCAAGUGGGAAGAAAUUCGAUGUGAUUUAUCCAUAUACCAAAGAAGUCGUCGCAAGCGUUCAUGAGGCCGAUGUCCAGGACGUCAAUGAUGCGGUCGACGCCGCCGAAACUGCAUUCCCCGCCUGGAGAGAUCUAGGUGUUGAGAAGCGCAGCGGAUACCUACGAAAGCUGAGCGAAGCCAUCACCGAAAAUAUGAAAGACUUGGCCAAACUGGAGACACUCUGCAUUGGGCGUCCAGUUUCACAGUUUGUGGACGGAAUAUCAGCCGCAGACAGCUUCAAAUUCUACGCUGAACACGCCUGGACUGUCCAGGGUACAGCUAGUACCAACACACCUGGCAUACUGAAAUUAACCGUGAAGGAGCCGUAUGGUGUCGCGGGAAUGAUCAUCCCCUGGAACUUCCCCUUGGUCAAUUUCGCCGGCAAGGUGGCUCCAGCCUUGGCUGCUGGUAAUACUGUGGUGUUGAAGAGUAGCGAGAAGGCCCCGUUGACUUCUUUGUAUAUGGCCAAGUUGAUUGAAAAAGCCGGCUUCCCACCUGGCGUAGUCAAUGUUCUUUCUGGCUUUGGCGCACCAACCGGCUCCACUAUCGCAGAGCACAUGAAGGUCCGCUCAAUCAGCUUCACCGGCUCUUCGCUUACAGGCCAAAAGAUCCACGCUGCAUCUGCGAAGUCAAACUUGAAGCAUGUUCUCACCGAGCUAGGUGGCAAGUCGCCAAUUAUCAUCUGCGAAGAUGCAGACCUUGAAGCCGCAGCUAACAGUGCAAUGUUUGGAAUCCAAUUCAACAGUGGGCAAGUUUGCGUUGCGGGCUCCCGCCUUUAUGUCCACGAGGAUGUGAAGGAGAAGUUCAUGGUCUAUUUCCAGGCAGCCAUGGCGAGUGUGAAGAUGGGUGAUCCCUUCUCACCUGAAACGAAGCAUGGUCCUCAGAUUGAUGAGGCGCAAUAUAAUCGGGUCAAGAGCUAUCUUGAGCUUGCUGAGAAAGAAGGCAAGCUUGUGGUGGGUGGAAACCCAAACGAUGGGUUCUUUAUCAAACCUACUAUUGUUGAGGGGUUGGCGGAUGAUUCGCGCGUGAUGACGGAGGAGAUCUUUGGUCCUGUCGUUGCUGUUCAGACUUUCAAAACGGAAGAAGAGGUCAUUGCGAGAGCCAAUAAUAGUGAGUUUGGAUUGUAUGCGUCGGUUUUCACCAAGGAUAUCGAUCGAGCGAUUCGCGUAUCCAAGGCUCUGCAGGCCGGUACUGUUGCAGUUAAUGCUACUUCUCCAACCGGUACGAGGGAUAGUGCAUUCGGUGGAUAUAAGAUGAGUGGCUCGGGUCGUGAGGGCUGGCUUUACAGUAUUGAGAACUAUCUCCAGACGAAGAGCAUUCUUAUCAAGUCAGGUUAG